GGUGCGCCACUGUCCCAGGAAAUUGCCACGUCACAGUGUGUCAGACGCAAACCCACAAAAGUGGUGUGGUCGAGGCCAUUCAAAAAUAUGCUUCAUUCCGAAAGUGAAUUUUGUCGCUUGAAUUACUGGGCAACUUGUAGAAGAGUUUAACAACGGAGCUACGUUAUUCAACGCGGGACUUUCACCCUGUUGUCUCUUAUUGAAUGCUGUUUACCGGCCGAGGUUGUGGAAUGCUGCUGGAUGAGAUGCCCCUGUUCGACCCCUCUCUACUUCAGGAGUUAGACUGGAGCGACAACAAGGUCUCCUUCUCCCCCCUAAUCUCCCCCUCCAGCCCCGGCGAAGGCCUGGUGCUCAGGCCCCUCUGCACUGCUGACUUCAACAGGGGGUUCUUUAAGGUUUUAUCUCAAUUAACGGAGACUGGUGACGUCACCGCAGACCAGUUUAUAAAGAAAUUUGAGCACAUGAAGAAAACGGGGGACUACUAUGUGGUGGUAGUGGAGGACACCAAUCUAGGACAAAUUGUGGCCACGGCCACUUUGAUCACGGAACACAAAUUCAUUCAUUCUUGUGCAAAGAGAGGCCGAGUGGAGGAGGUGGUCGUCAGUGACGUGUGCAGAGGCAAACAGCUGGGAAAACUGUUACUGUCCACGCUUACGCUUCUCAGCAAAAAACUCAACUGCUAUAAAAUCACACUGGAAUGUGCACCCAAUAAUGUGGCUUUCUACCAAAAGUUUGGUUACGCCGCUUCUGACGAGACUUACAUGCAGUGUCGCUUCUCCCACUGAGAACCUCCAGGCCUGGAACGCAGCUUUGCACGCCACCCUCUGACGUCAGCCGAGCAGAACAUUGCGGUUUGGAGUGCGUCAUUUAGAAACUUUGAGUUGUCCCGAGGAGCGUCAUCCUGACUAAGAGCUGAAGUAAACACAAACACAUGUCAAAGCCCCCUCCCCCUUCCACAGCGUCCCCUUUUUUUGUUUUGGUAACCAUGGCUACCUCACAGUGGCGGAGCUCUGAAGAAGGGCUCGUCAGUUACUGUAAAUGUCUUAUUUUAUUAGAAUGGUGACGGAAAAUAGGAAUGAAAUCAGCCAGACAUUCAAUGAAAGCUUAAGCUUAUGUCCUUAAAGCAUCCAAUAAUUCAUUAAUAAAUAAUUGAUGGUCGAAGGCAAGUAACCAAAGAACCAUUCAUUGAACACUAAUUCUUCUUUUCCUUUCGGCUUGCGCGUCAUCCUUUUCCUGCAUCCUCCUCUCGAACACCAACUGCCCUAACACUAAAUAGUGCUCAAAAAUUCAUCACAAUGAUGGUAUAAAUCCUACAGGAUUUAAAAUCAAUUUAACUAGGCAAUGGGAGUUUAUAUUGUGUGUAUGAAAGUCAUGAACAUUUUAUAUUUGGAUAGCAACAACGAUCACAUUUUGUGAAAGGGCGAUAUGGAUACAAAAAUGAUAUUUGUACAUUUAUACUUGUCUUUUUUGCUAGUUGGGCAACGGGAACAUAUUUAAUGUAAUUUAUUGCCAAAUCUGUACAAAACUAAAUAAAACAGUGGUAACCCAUAAC